AUGGUUGUCGUCAGAGAACGGCAGAAGGCAAGUCCAAGCAGGAUGAGUUGUGACGAUGUGGAGGGACUUUUGAUGAAGGAGGAAGAGCAGGGUAUACCUCUUGAGUUGGGCAGUCCCAGAGCUGAUGGAAAAGAUCGACAAGAGAGCUGGCUCGCCGAAGGAAAGGGCAAAAACGUGUUAGCCAGUGCAAAAAUAGCUAGGCAAACUAAAACCGAUUUGGAAAAAGAUUGGGAUGUAGUAAGUGAAGCCGUAGAGAAACUAGCAAGAGAGGCUUUACACCAUCCCGUAGUGCCAGAAGAGUUGAUGGAAGAAGUUGUGGUUACGCUUACUCAGAGGGGAAUAGAAACAGGAGCCGAAUGGAGAGACUAUGUCGACACUGUAGAGAAAGACGGAGAGCUCGUGAAUGAGUUAUGUGAUUUCUUACAGACUGAUGUCUCUCAGCUCAAGCGCACCGUAGAGUCAAGGACAGGCCCUGAAACGCGGUUCGGCGAAGUGGUCGAGCAGAGACCUUCGCAGCUUACGGUGGAAGGUAGUUGGCAAAGGUCAGGUGUGCAGGAGAGAUCCACGUCGGCGCAUAACUGUCGAGCACAUGGAGCGGGUCCAUGGCCAACAGCUCCACUGCGAGAGGACGCAGGGGUGCUGAGCAGCGUUCAUUUGGUGAACUACCUGAGGUCCAUAGCAUGUGCUGACCCGGGGGUGUUCAAAGGGACAAGAGGUGAAAAUUUUGGUGAAUUUCUGAGAAAAUUCAGGAGAAGGUAUGAAACAGUGAUUUCGUGCGAUGAAGCACUGGUUGAGAUACUAGCCGAUGAUCAUCUAGCCGGGAGGGCUAAAAAUGUAUUUGCUUCGCUACCACGCUCAGUUAGGGAGUGCGGGUUCGAGGCAGUCACGCAGGAGAUGGCCAGGUUGAUGGCAUAUGAUUCUACAGCAGGCAGAAUGAGAGCGCUGACCGAGUUAAAAAAUUUGAGGAUGAGUCCAGGUCAAGAACCUGGAGAGAAUAGGCAGACAGGCAAAUGCGGAGUGUACACUGGAAGACAGGUCGAUGGA